ACUGGAAAGCCGCGUCUGAGUCUGGUAGGCUGGGAGACUGGAGGAGGUGCUCUCGGGGGUGCUCUCGGGGGGCGGAGGCGUCGGGCUGGCCUUUGACCUCAGUCUUUGUGCCCGCUUCAGGGUGUUUUCUUCGGACUGGGACUGUGCGCGCGCGCUGUGAUGGUGUCACCAUUACCGCCACCACGUCGGUCUCCUUGACGACGGGCACCGAGCCUCUGGGAGCCGCGGCCGGGAUGCUGAGCGGGAGGGGCCGCGGCCCCCUGCAGACUGUGCAGCGCCGCAGCCAGGACCUCAGACAACAGGUUGGACGUUUGCUUUCUGAGAGUCAACUGAAAGGAGCCCUAGAUGCCAGUAAAAGGCGGGAUAUUUAUCAGAGAUGUAUCCAGUUGAAAAGAGAAAUAGAUGAAAACAGAAAGGCUCUUAAAAAUUUAAGCAAAGGUGAUGAACCAGCACCGGUGGGGAACUACAACCAGAGAAAAGAAGAUGAAGAAAAUGUUUUGGAAAAGCUUACAAAGCAGCUGCAAGAACUUGCUGGGACUAUAAGUAAAGAAAAUGUAACUCCAGAGGAGACAGUUCAGAAUAUUUCCCAGGCUGAAGAAGUAGAAGAAGACUCUGAGGAAACUGAAGAUGAGGAGGAGGAUGAUGACAAUGACGAUGAAGAUGAGGAUGAUAUUAGUGAAGAUGAAGAAAGUGAUGAGGAGGAUGAGGAAGUAGAAGAGGAAGAGGAGGAUGAGGAAGUAGAAGAGGAAGAUGACUCUAGUGAUGAGCAGCCAAGUAGUAAAGAAUAUAUUGCUGUGGGUGAUUUUGUUGCUCAGCAAGCAGGAGAUCUCACAUUUAAGAAAGAUGAAGUUCUCCUCAUACUUAAAAAGAAACCUGAUGGCUGGUGGCUAGCUAAGAAUAUUCAUGGAAAUAAAGGUCUCGUUCCCAAAACCUACCUGGAGCCCUGUUUUAAGGAGAAAGAACACCAGGAAUACAGUGAAGAUGAAAGUGAAGACGAUGUAGAGGUGGUAGAUGAAACAGCUGAUGGAACAGAGAUUAAACCACGAACUGAUUCUCAUUGGAGCGCUAUUAGAAAAGCUAUUACAGAGAGUAACACGAUUGAUGUGCUGACUGCUAUGGGAGCUAUCCCUGCAGGGUUUCGACCAUCAACUCUUUACCAGCUCUUAGAAGAAGGGAGUCAGUUUCAAGCAGGUUAUUUUUUACAGCCUGAACUUACCCCUUCACAAUUGGCUUUUAAAGAUAUGAUAUGGGAUCCUGAAAAUGGUGCUAUUAAACCCAGACUAAGCCGUGUGUCCUUGAUUCUAACCUUGUGGAGCUGUAAAAUGAUUCCUCUUCCAGGAGUGAGCCUACAGGUCCUGAGCAGACACGUACGCCUCUGCCUGUUUGAUGGAAGCAAGGUUCUUAGCAAUAUUCAUACAGUCAGAGCUACAUGGCAACCAAAAAAGCCCAAAACCUGGACCUUUUCUCCACGGGUAACUGGUAUCUUGCCAUGCUUGCUUGAUGGGGAUUGUUUUAUCAGAUCUAAUUCUUCUUCACCAGAACUUGGAAUAUUAUUUGAAGUUGGAGUCUCUUAUGUUCGUAAUUCAACGGGUGAAAAAGGAGAAUUAAGUUGUGGCUGGGUCUUCCUAAAACUGUUUGACGCCGAUGGAACACCUAUUCCUCCCAAAACCUAUGAACUUUACUUGAAUGGCGGUACUCCUUAUGAAAAAGGCAUUGAAGUGGAUCCUUCAAUUUCCAGAAGAGCAGCCAGCAGUGUUUUUCAUCAGAUGAUGACAAUGAGGAGACAGCCUCAACUUCUGGUCAAACUAAGAUCCCUAAAUAGAAGGUCAAGAAGCGUAUUGAGUCUACUACCAGAAACAUUAAUAGGAAGUAUGUGCUACAUUCACCUGCUGGUAUUCUAUCGAGAAAUUCUUGGUGACGUACUCCUGAAAGACAGGAUAAGCAUGCAAAAUGCUGAUUUAAUUAGUAGUCCAAUUCUAGCAACCUUUCCUAAACUCAUGGAACAACCUGACCUGAUGGAUGUACUUAGGACUGCGUGGGCUGAAAAAGAAAGUACUUUAAAAAGAUCUGAAAAGAGAGACAGAGAGUUUCUGAAGUCUGUGUUCAUCCUUGUGUACCAUGACUGUGUGUACCCUCUCUUACACUCCACCGUCCUCCCACCAUUCAGAUGGGCAGAAGAAGAAACCGAAGCUACUCGAUGGAAAGUCACUUAUGACUUCCUUAAGCAAAACCAAGAAAACUCUGGUGCUCUCCACGCCUUACUGUCACCAGAAGGUGUUCAUGAACCUUUUGAUAUUUCAGAGCAGGCCUAUGACUUCUUAGGAGAAGCUCGGAAGAAUGUGAAUUAAUUGUGAUUGGUUAUUGAGAUUCCAGUCCAGUUGGUACUGUCUCUAGGAAUAAAUGUAAACUCUUAAAUGGUCAUUUGAGCAGAAUAGGAACCAAAUGGUGAGUGUUAAUUGUGAACUGUUUUUUUACUUUACUAAUUUACUGUAUUUUUACUUUAUAAAAGUAUAUUUUGUAAGAAAUAGUUGUUCAAGUGUGUUUUAAAAUAACUAUUUUUAAAAUAGGAAAGUAAAUUUAAAAAAAUAGGAAAUACUAUUUUUAAAAUAGGAAAGUAAAUUAAAUGCCAUUUCUACCUUUUGACCUGGUGAUACUACUACUAGGCCUAUGCCUCAAAGAAAUCAAAGGAGGAGGAAAAGGACCCAUAAAAAUAUUUAGAGAAGCUUAUUUUUAGUGGCAAAGAAGUGCAGACUGAAGGGAUACCCAUCAGUUGAAGAAUGGCUGAACAAAAUAUGGUAUAUGAAUGUAAUGGAAUAUUCUUGUAAGUAAGAAAUAACCAAAGAGUACGAGAAGCCCGGAAACUGAUAUAGAGUGAGUAGAAUCAGGAGAAAUGUUUAUAAAAUGACAACAACAUUGUAAAAACAAACAACUUUGAAAGACUUAGGCACGUUGAUCAGUGCGAUAACCAACCACAGUUGGAUGGUGGACCGAAGAUGAACCACGCUACCCUCCUCCUCGCAGAGAGGCAACAGACUCAAGAUGCAGGACAAGACUUAGGGUUUUGGAUGUGGUAAAUGUAAGACUUUGUUUUGUUUGAUUAUGCAUUUGUGUUCCAAGGGUUUUGUUUUUAUUUAUUUACUUUUCAAAGGCUAGCAGGAGGUAGAGAGGCAGUUAGAGAAGAGAGUUAACAACAGAGUUGAUUUUCUUUUAAAAAGUAAUUGAAGUAUUUUUUUAAUAGUUAAGAGAACAGAAAGAAAGCCAGAAGGCAACAUGGCCAAGCGGGACAGCUUUGAAAGCUACAUAUUCAAUACAAUCUACUAUGUAUAUGGAAAUGCUUAUUUUACUUGCAAUAAAAAAAUAAUUUGAAGGAG